UGUAGGUUUUGGCGUGUUUCUUUCAGAUUCACAUAUUUUUCUCUCGGCAGUCCUCACUCUUAACAUACUUGUUCUGCCUUAAUUGAGAAAACACAAAAGAAGGGGAAGUGAAUCCAUUGUAAGAACCACUAUCACCUCACACAUCAAUCAGUCAUGGCGCCCCCAAACGCGGCCAGCGCCACGACGGCACCGACCAAAAAACGGCGGCGCGAGGCCUUCAACGUGGACAUCAAGCAGGUCGAGAUCUACGAGGACCUAGCCAACGAGAAGGACGAGAUCCGCCUGAAAGCCGCGCAGGCGCUGGUUUCGCAAUUCACGCCGGACAAAUCCCCGACUGAGGAGCAAGUCCGCAAGGCCCUGCAGCGAUUAUUCCGGGGUCUGUGCAGUAGUCGCAAGGCGGCGCGCGUGGGGUUCUCGAUUGCGUUGACGGAGAUCCUUGCGCAGGUUUUUGCUGCUGCUUCCCCCAAAGAGGAAGGGGGGUUAAGUGUGGCGGCUGUGUUGGAUGUUUGGGAGAAUUUGUCGAAUCCUGCGGGUGGUGAAUCGGGGCAGGAACAACGCGACCACUACUUCGGUCGUCUCUUCGGCGCAGAAGCUAUCAUCAAAUCCGGGAUCUUGUUUCGCACGACGCAAUCUGAUGCGGGUCAGUGGACCCGGCUUUUGGAUUUGGUGUUUGAGCUCGCCAAGAAGAAGCCCUGGUUGCGUGAGGAGUGCGGGUGGGUUGUUUAUCGCUGUGUUUUUGAACUUGCUUCUUCUUCUUCGAAGAAGAAUGACAAGAAACAGGAGGCGGUAGAUGCAGUCAGCUUCGUCGAGACGGCGCUGGAGCGCCUGUGCGCCCACGACCUGGCCAAGACCCCCGAGGGCAUCUCCGUCUGGCUCGCUGCCCGCGAUCUCUUCCCCUCCGCUAAAGUGCCCGCCAAGGUGUGGAAGCAUGAUGAUCCGUUGGAUGCGCGCGAGCGGAAUUCCUUGGCCAAGGUUAUGAAGGAUUCGUCGGAUUCGUCUUCGGGUUCCGGCGCGGCGGUGGAGGCGACCGGUGCUAAUGCGAAGUCUUCUGGUGUGUGGAGCUCCAAGCUGCACUUUGCUUGGGAUGUGGUUUUGGGUCGUUUGGCGGAGGCGGAGACCGCCGCGAAGAAGUCCAGGCUUGGGUUUGCAGAGUUUUGGACGGAGGUUGUUGAUAAUGGUCUGUUUGCGGCGGCUUCGUCCGAGGAGCGCAAGUACUGGGGUUUCUCGCUGUUUGUCAAGGUGGUUUCUGAGAGCCCGCUGCCUGUGGCCUCCCAGGUGUUCACCAAGAACCUGGUCCGCUGCUUGAUGAACCAGCUGGCCGUCGAGGACCGGUACCUGCAUCGCAUGGCCGUCAAGGCCGCCAAGGCGAUCCAGACCCGCGUGUCCAAGGAGCCUGCGUUCGCCGCGGCCGCGGUGCGUGGCCUGAUGGGCCCGUCCGGCUCGGUCACCUUCGACCAGGCUACCAAGACCAAGACGGUGGAGAAGAUCGUCGUCGAGGCCAACCCUGAGGCGCUGCAGGAGAUCGUCCCCCUUCUUGAGGCGCUUGUGGCAUCUCCCGGCACGAAGGACAGCAAGGCCGCGGCCGCGAACCGCCAGUUCCUGACUAACCUGCUUCUUGCCAUCGUGCGCGCCCGCGCGUCGGCCAGCACCGAAGAAGACCAGGAAGCCGCCCAGGGCAUCCUCGAGCAGAUCCUCUCCAUCUUCGUGCGGUUCGCCUAUUUCAAGAGCGAUGCGGCCACCCCGGCUUUCACUGAGCAGACCCAGGAGCUCUUCCGCGGCCGCAUCAACUCUUCCAUCAACAGUCUCAUCGUGUCCUCUAAGUUCGCUACCGUCCCCUACGCCGUGGUCCGCAAGAUCCGGGACCUGGCCAAGUCCGAGGAAGCCGGAAAGUUCAUCAUCAAUAUGGACGAGACCAUCAAUGGAGCCGUCAAGAAUGCAUUCAAGUCCCUCAAGAAGUUGGCGAGCAUGGAAAAGAAGGACAACACGGCUAGCGCCAAUGCCUUCCGUCUGCUCUAUUCGUUGACCAUUCUCCAGGUUUACAACGGUGACGCGGAUGCGGCGUCUAUGCUGGAAGAACUGGAUUUCUGCUACACGCGGAUCUUCGGUGACAAGAAGAAAGACAAGAAGAAGAAGUCUAAGAAGGAUGACAGCGAUGACGAGGAGGAAGAAACGGACGCGUCGGAUGCGCUGGUGGAGAUUCUGCUGAGCUUCGCGUCCAAGCAAUCCCAGCUGUUCCGCCGCAUGAGCGAGCAGGUCUUCGGGGCGUUCGCGGAGAGCAUCACCGAGAACGGGCUGGAUUCGUUGACCUCCGUCUUGGAGGCAAAGGAGAGUCUGGCUGGGCAGCAGGAGAUGUUCGACCAGCAGGAUGAGGAGGGGGAUGCGGAUAUGAUGGAUGUUGACGAUGAUGACGAAGAGGACAGUGAUGUCGAGGUUGUUGAGGCGAAUGGCUCGGAUGACGAGUCCGACGAUGACAACGAGUCGCCCUCCGAUGACGACGAGGACGCCGGCAACGACGACGAAGAGGCCAUUUUCGAGGCCAAGCUGGCGGCGGCGUUGGGCACGCACCGCGCAGACGCGGACAUGGACGAGGCGGAAGCCGACUCGGACGCGGACAUGAACGACGACGAGAUGGAGGAGCUGGACGAGCAGCUGGUCAAGGUGUUCCGGGCGCGGCGCGACGCGCUGGGCCAGAAGCAGGACAAGAAGGACGCCCGCGAAAACAUGGUCAACUUCAAGAACCGCGUGCUCGACCUGCUGGAGAUCUACGUCAAGAAGUGCCACUCUAAGCCACUGGCGCUGGACCUGCUGCUGCCGCUGCUGCGCCUCACCCGCAAGACGAGCGUCAAGCAGAUCUCCGGCAAGGCCGCCAAGGUGCUCCGCGAGUACACCAAGCAGUGCAAGGGCGCCACCGGCCUCCCCGCCAUCGAGGACCCCGAACCCGUCUGGGAGCUGCUGAAGUCCAUUCACACCGAGGCCACGCACAGCGGACCCCCCAUGCAUACGACGUCGUGUAGCCAGGCCAGUCUUUUGGUGGUCAAGGUGCUGGUCGCGCACGACAAGGCCAAUGUCGCCCGCGCGGUCGAUGUGUACGGCGAGACGCGCAAGGCGCAGCUGCUUAGUCGCAAGUGCCAUGUCCAGCCUUUGUUCUUUACCGAUUGGAGCAACUGGUGCUUGUCGUUCAGCAAGCAGAAGAACUGAGCUGCAGUAUAUGUACAUAGACGGGCGUUGUGACUGCCUUGCAGUGGUCUUUCUUUAGAUAUC